AUGAUUAAACAGUUGAAGAAUGUAAUGAGAAAGAAAUGCACCUGGAGAAGAUCAAGAUUUGAGUUGCAAGACAGGGAUGAGAGUGUGAGUGAAACGCGGAUGGAGAAUUCUAUCAAUGAUAAUAUAAUGAGAUCGAAUCUUAUCUAUAAUUUGAGUAGAGACGAUGAAUUUAGUCCUUUACAUGAUUCAGAAAUUGAAACAGAUUAUGAGGAUAUUGACGAUGAUGGUGAUUCUGAUUCGACAAAUACUGAUAAUGAUGAAGAAGAGGAAGAAUAUGUGCCUACUGCACCAUGGUUUAUAGAAAAAACCACUUGUAACAAGUUUGCUAAUAGUUCAGGUGCUUCUUCUAACUUAAACCCUCUUACUGAUGACUUGUUUGUUGGUCAAUGUUUUGUAGAUAAGCAAACUGCUAUAAAUGCAAUACAAACGAGUCAUAUAAGAAAUUCUAGAAACUAUCGUGUUUCUAAGAGCGAUACAACACGAUAUGAGGCGAAAUGUGUCGUCGACGAAUGUCAAUGGAAAAUUCGCGUUAUAAAACGAAAGAUCACGGAGAGUCCAUACUUAAAAGUGCAUAAUAUCAUGAAUCAAAUCACAUCUAUGUACCAAUAUCAUGUUAGUUACAAGAAGGCAUGGAUUGGCAAGCAAAAGGCAAUAUCAGAUGUGUAUGGAGAUUGGACAACUUCUUAUUCUAAACUUUCUAGAUUUUUUAGUGCUUUGAUGCAUUAUAAUCCAGGUACGGUUACAUUAAUUGAAGCUGAUGUUCUAAAUCAUAACACAUCAGUGUGUAAGCGUGUCGGGUGGGCAUUUAAACCCAUGAUAGAUGGGUGGCAACAUGCUCGACCAGUUAUAAGCAUUGAUGGUACAUUUUUAAAAGGAAGAUACAAUGAAAAGUUGUUGAUUGCUAUGGGAUUUGAUUCAAAUAAUCAACAAUACCCACUUGCUUAUGCUCUAGUUAAUGAAGAAACGACAAUCAACUGGUCUUGGUUCUUAUACCACCUUCGAAUAUAUGUGUGUCAAAACAGAAAAGGUACAUGCAUAAUUUCAGAUCAUCAUGCUGGAAUUAUUGAAGCAAUGAAAAUGGAACAAAGUGGAUUCACCGGUGAUAUGGGUUUACACAGAUUUUGUUUUUUACAUGUUCGUAGCAAUUUUAGUUCAUAUUUUCCUGGUUUUCAUUUGAAGAUGCUAUGUUGGUUGGCUGGAAACACUUCUCAAUUGAGGAAAUUUGAAGCAGCUAUGAACAAGAUAAAAGAGCUUAAUCCUGAUGCUGAGAAAUGGUUACGAAAUAUUCCAUUAGAGAUGUGGACUAUGUCUCAAGAUGGAGGAUAUCGCUAUGGUCAGGCGACUACAAAUAUGAUUGAAAGUUUCAACGGACUCUUAAGAUCAGCUCGUUUUCUUCCGGUCACGUCAAUGAUUAAGGUACUGUUUGGGGUUGCUGUUGCAGACAGCAACAGCAGCUUUUUGCUGAAAAGCAGGUGA